CUUUAAAUACCGCGUGGGGAGGGGCGGGGGAGGAGGGCCUGGAGGUUGUUGGGCUGAGUUUUAGAGGUGGAUGUGCAGAGCUGGGUGAAGGGACACCAGAGACCCCUUGAGCCGGGGCCAGUCGCCUUUCUCUUCCAGACUCCGCGACAUUUUCGGUGCUAUCCGUUUCAUCCAGACCCAAGUGACAGAAAAUGCCCUUCAAUGACGAGAAGCAGUGUGUCGGUGAGGACCAGCCAAGCGACUCAGACUCUUCAAGGUUUUCGGAAAGCAUGGCUUCGCUCAGCGACCACGAAUGCUCCAGGCAAAGCUUUACCAGCGACUCCUCCAGCAAAUCCAGCUCUCCUGCUUCAACAAGCCCUCCUAGGAUUGUAACAUUUGAUGAAUUCAUGGCUGCGACAAGGAAUUUAACAAACCUGACUCUUGCUCAUGAAAUUGCUGUGAAUGAGAACUUCCAACUGAGACAAGAUGCCCUCCCAGAGAACAGCUUGGCUGGCCGAGUGAAGCACAUUGUUCACCAAGCCUUCUGGGACAUCUUGGAAUCAGAACUAAGCGCUGAGCCCCCUGAGUAUGAGCAUGCCAUCAGACUAUUUGAAGAAAUCAGAGAGACACUUCUCUCUUUCCUGACUCCUGGUGGCAACCGGCUUCGUAAUCAGAUCUGUGAAGUUUUGGACACAGACCUCAUUAGGCAACAGGCUGAGCACAACGCUGUGGACAUCCAGGGCCUGGCCAACUAUGUCAUCAGUACAAUGGGAAAACUCUGUGCUCCUGUGCGAGACGAUGAUAUCAGAGAGUUGAAGGCCACCAGCAACAUCGUGGAGGUGCUGAGACAAAUAUUCCAUGUCCUGGACCUCAUGAAAAUGGACAUGGCCAAUUUUACAAUUAGGAGUAUCAGACCACACCUUCAACGCCAGUUGGUGGAAUAUGAGAGAAGCAAGUUCCAGGAAAUCUUAGAAGAAACUCCAAGUGCUCUCGAUGAAACUACAAAAUGGAUAGAAGAAUCUGUCAAUGAAGAGCUGCUUUCUCUUUCUGAGACUGCUUUAACUCCUGGGGCAGAAAGUAGCUCCAAGCCAAGCCUGAGUCCUACACUGGUGCUAAACAAUAGUUACUUGAAGCUGUUUCAGUGGGAUUACCAGAAAAAAGAAUUACCAGAGACACUUGUGACAGAUGGAGCACGUCUUCAGGAACUGACAGAAAAGCUGAAUCAAUUGAAAAUUAUUGCCUGCCUUUCCCUAAUUACGAACAACAUGGUGGGUGCUGUUACAGAAGGCGUGCCUGAACUUGCAAACAGGUUAAAAAGGAUUUCAGCUGUUCUCCUUGAAGGCAUGAACAAAGAGACCUUUAACAUGAAAGAAACCCUGAACUCAGUCGGCGUUCAGACUUGUGUUGAGGUUAACAAGAGCCUGACGGACAGAGGGCUACCCGCUCUAAAUGCCGAGGUUCAAGCUAAUCUCGUAGGUCAGUUUUCAAGCAUUGAGGAGCAGGAUCAUCCUAUUCGGACCUUGAUUGACAAACGAAUCCAACAAUAUAUGAAAAGCCUGCUUUGUCUUCCAAGCCCUCAAAAAUGUCUGCCUCCUAUGCCAGGAGGCCUUGCUGUCAUUCAGCAGGAGCUAGAAGCACUGGGCUCUCAAUAUGCAAGCAUUGUGAAUCUCAACAAGCAAGUGUACGGACCAUUUUAUGCAAAUAUAUUUCGAAAGCUGCUCUUCAGCGAGGAAGCCGAGGGGAAGGGCCUUGCCUCACCUCCCUCCAGCUAAUGUGGAACUGGCAUUGGAUGAGAAGAGAUUGGCAAACCAGCACUUUGGUACCCAGUCCCUUUCCAUCAAUGGCAUUAUGGAUGUGGCACAUUCCCAGUGCCAUCUGGGCUGUAAUUCAGUAACAGCAGCAUUACAGAAGACAUGCGCAUCACAUGGGACCCUAUUUGUGCAUUAUUUUUAUGUUUAAAACAGAUUUUUUUAAGGACAGAAAGAAAUUUGUAAUGAAUUGUAUUAUCUAUGUAAGACUUCUGUCUUCUUAAGCACUUAGAUUUGGCUUAUUCUUUCAGCUCAUUAAGAGUUGUUUGCUCCAUUAGUCAUUCUUAAAUCUAAUGAUUUUUAAUUCGGGCACAACUUCUUGAAAGUUGUGAGAAUAACCAAGGGAACUAUUGUUCUGAAUAAAUGAUGGACAAUUACAUUCUAUUCUUGUGUAUUAGAAACUUACACAGUAAGUCCUAAAAUUGCACAAAAGUACCAAAUCAUAUUUUGUGAUACCAGUUGUCAGUAUUUAUUUAGAAUUUGAAUUUAUUAAGUACAUUUUAAUGCUGUAUACAGAUCCUAGGGGAAACUUCCCUUGCUAAAUUUGUAGAAAUUUGUUUCUUCUUAUAAAUCCAUCUGCUGUCUGAGAGAAAUGAGUUUUGCACAGAUCUCUUUGUGAAUGUCCUUGAAUUUCUCAGGCCAUUGAUAGGAUUUCAAUAUUUUCUAUGUAAGGCAGAACUGGUUGGAAUUGAUUUACCUAUAAGAAGAUAAAAGGAAGCUAACAAUAAAAUAGGAGCCUAUUCUCUUACGAAGUUCACAUCUAAAAAAUUG